UGUCCCUGUCCCCUGCAGGGCGGUGGCUCGGAGCAGGAGCGCUCCAAGAAGCGCCGCCGCGGUGACCGUUACUCCGUCCACACCUCGCUCAUCGUGGCCACCCUCAAGAAGAUGUUGCCCAUCGGCCUCAACAUGUGCUCGCCCGCUGACCAGGAGCUGAUCGCGCUGGCCAAGGGCCGCUACGCGCUGAAGGACACGGACGAGGAGGUUCGGGAGUUCCUGCACAACAACCUGCACCUGCAGGACAAGGUGGAGAACACGGGCAGUGCCCGCUGGCAGAUGGCCCUGGGGCUGUCCCCAGUGUCACCUGUGUCACCUGUCCCUGUCCCCAGGUGGAGAACACGGGCAGUGCCCGCUGGCAGAUGGCCCUGGGGCUGUCACAGUGUCACCUGUGUCACCUGUCCCUGUCCCCAGGUGGAGAACACGGGCAGUGCCCGCUGGCAGAUGGCCCUGGGGCUGUCACAGUGUCACCUGUGUCACCUGUCCCUGUCCCCAGGUGGAGAACACGGGCAGUGCCCGCUGGCAGAUGGCCCUGGGGCUGUCACAGUGUCACCUGUGUCACCUGUCCCUGUCCCCAGGUGGAGAACACGGGCAGUGCCCGCUGGCAGAUGGCCCUGGGGCUGUCACAGUGUCACCUGUGUCACCUGUCCCUGUCCCCAGGUGGAGAACACGGGCAGUGCCCGCUGGCAGAUGGCCCUGGGGCUGUCACAGUGUCACCUGUGUCACCUGUCCCUGUCCCCAGGUGGAGAACACGGGCAGUGCCCGCUGGCAGAUGGCCCUGGGGCUGUCACAGUGUCACCUGUGUCACCUGUCCCUGUCCCCAGGUGGAGAACACGGGCAGUGCCCGCUGGCAGAUGGCCCUGGGGCUGUCACAGUGUCACCUGUGUCACCUGUCCCUGUCCCCAGGUGGAGAACACGGGCAGUGCCCGCUGGCAGAUGGCCCUGGGGCUGUCACAGUGUCACCUGUGUCACCUGUCCCUGUCCCCAGGUGGAGAACACGGGCAGUGCCCGCUGGCAGAUGGCCCUGGGGCUGUCACAGUGUCACCUGUGUCACCUGUCCCUGUCCCCAGGUGGAGAACACGGGCAGUGCCCGCUGGCAGAUGGCCCUGGGGCUGUCACAGUGUCACCUGUGUCACCUGUCCCUGUCCCCAGGUGGAGAACACGGGCAGUGCCCGCUGGCAGAUGGCCCUGGGGCUGUCACAGUGUCACCUGUGUCACCUGUCCCUGUCCCCAGGUGGAGAACACGGGCAGUGCCCGCUGGCAGAUGGCCCUGGGGCUGUCACAGUGUCACCUGUGUCACCUGUCCCUGUCCCCAGGUGGAGAACACGGGCAGUGCCCGCUGGCAGAUGGCCCUGGGGCUGUCACAGUGUCACCUGUGUCACCUGUCCCUGUCCCCAGGUGGAGAACACGGGCAGUGCCCGCUGGCAGAUGGCCCUGGGGCUGUCACAGUGUCACCUGUGUCACCUGUCCCUGUCCCCAGGUGGAGAACACGGGCAGUGCCCGCUGGCAGAUGGCCCUGGGGCUGUCACAGUGUCACCUGUGUCACCUGUCCCUGUCCCCAGGUGGAGAACACGGGCAGUGCCCGCUGGCAGAUGGCCCUGGGGCUGUCACAGUGUCACCUGUGUCACCUGUCCCUGUCCCCAGGUGGAGAACACGGGCAGUGCCCGCUGGCAGAUGGCCCUGGGGCUGUCACAGUGUCACCUGUGUCACCUGUCCCUGUCCCCAGGUGGAGAACACGGGCAGUGCCCGCUGGCAGAUGGCCCUGGGGCUGUCACAGUGUCACCUGUGUCACCUGUCCCUGUCCCCAGGUGGAGAACACGGGCAGUGCCCGCUGGCAGAUGGCCCUGGGGCUGUCACAGUGUCACCUGUGUCACCUGUCCCUGUCCCCAGGUGGAGAACACGGGCAGUGCCCGCUGGCAGAUGGCCCUGGGGCUGUCACAGUGUCACCUGUGUCACCUGUCCCUGUCCCCAGGUGGAGAACACGGGCAGUGCCCGCUGGCAGAUGGCCCUGGGGCUGUCACAGUGUCACCUGUGUCACCUGUCCCUGUCCCCAGGUGGAGAACACGGGCAGUGCCCGCUGGCAGAUGGCCCUGGGGCUGUCACAGUGUCACCUGUGUCACCUGUCCCUGUCCCCAGGUGGAGAACACGGGCAGUGCCCGCUGGCAGAUGGCCCUGGGGCUGUCACAGUGUCACCUGUGUCACCUGUCCCUGUCCCCAGGUGGAGAACACGGGCAGUGCCCGCUGGCAGAUGGCCCUGGGGCUGUCACAGUGUCACCUGUGUCACCUGUCCCUGUCCCCAGGUGGAGAACACGGGCAGUGCCCGCUGGCAGAUGGCCCUGGGGCUGUCACAGUGUCACCUGUGUCACCUGUCCCUGUCCCCAGGUGGAGAACACGGGCAGUGCCCGCUGGCAGAUGGCCCUGGGGCUGUCACAGUGUCACCUGUGUCACCUGUCCCUGUCCCCAGGUGGAGAACACGGGCAGUGCCCGCUGGCAGAUGGCCCUGGGGCUGUCACAGUGUCACCUGUGUCACCUGUCCCUGUCCCCAGGUGGAGAACACGGGCAGUGCCCGCUGGCAGAUGGCCCUGGGGCUGUCACAGUGUCACCUGUGUCACCUGUCCCUGUCCCCAGGUGGAGAACACGGGCAGUGCCCGCUGGCAGAUGGCCCUGGGGCUGUCACAGUGUCACCUGUGUCACCUGUCCCUGUCCCCAGGUGGAGAACACGGGCAGUGCCCGCUGGCAGAUGGCCCUGGGGCUGUCACAGUGUCACCUGUGUCACCUGUCCCUGUCCCCAGGUGUGCCCAGGUGACCCCCAGGUGUGCCCAGGUGAGCACCAGGUGUGCCCAGGAGGGUUUUGCGGGUGCCCAGGUGGGGUUCAGGUGUGACCAGGUGGGAUUUGGGGGUGCCCAGGUGGGGUUUGAGGAUGCCCAGAUAGUGUUUGAGGGUACCCGGGGGAGGUUCAGGUGUGCCCAGGUGACCCCCAGGUGUGCCCAGACAGAGCACCCCUACACAUCCAAGUGUGGCACUUGGGGGGACUUGGGGAUGCUCUGGGGGGGUUCAGGUGGGUUCAGGGGGUGCCCAGGUGCCCCCAGGUGA